AUGAUUAGAUAUCUUUAUUUCUUUAUUGUAAUAUCAAUUGGUCUUUCUUCCGCAUUCUAUUUACCAGGCUUAGCACCAAACUUAUUUUGUAAACAACCAAGAGAUGAUUCACAUUGCAAGAUGGAAGUGGACGUGUUUGUUAAUAGAUUAGAUUCAGUUGAGUCUGUUUUACCAUAUGAAUACAGUUAUUUUGGUUUUUGUAAGGCAGAUGAAAAAGACACAUCCCCCGUAGAAAAUCUUGGCCAAGUACUUUUUGGUGAACGAAUCAGGCCAUCUCCGUAUAAGUUCAGUUUUCUCCAAGAUAGAAAAUGUGUAUUGGCUUGUGAGAAUAAAUACGCUGAACGGACUGAUGAUCAAAAAUUUUUGAAACGUUUAAUGAAAGGCAUAGCGUUAAAUUAUCAACAACAUUGGAUUGUGGAUAAUAUGCCGGUGACAUUAUGUUAUACAACUUCCCAACAAAAAGAAUUUUGUUCACGUGGCUUUCCUAUUGGUUGUUAUGUAACAAAAAGUGGUCUAUCAAAAGACUCGUGUAAUAUUCGAGACGGGAAAAACGAUACAUAUUACGUAUUCAACCAUUUAGAUUUCGAAAUAACAUAUCAUAGCGGGAAAGGUGAAACAUGGGGCGGUUCAUUUCAAGAUGACGGUGGUCGAAUAAUAGCAGCCAAAGUUCAAGUCAGCAGUAUAAAUUCUUCCAAUUGUGAUAGAACUGCUGAGCCAGUUAUGUUUCAAUCGAAUGCUAAAAAUGUUUUUAUUCCUUUCACAUAUUCAGUCACAUUUGUGAAAAAUAAUGAUAUUCGUUGGGCAAGCAGAUGGGAUUAUAUUUUAAAAUCUUUACCACAAACAAGAAUACAAUGGUUCUCAAUUUUAAAUUCAUUAGUUAUUGUCUUGUUUUUAAGUGGUAUGGUAGCAAUGAUUUUAUUACGAACAUUACACAAGGAUAUUGCACGAUAUAAUCAAAUGGUUGACGCUGAUGAAGCACAAGAAGAAUUUGGAUGGAAAUUAGUUCAUGGCGAUGUAUUUCGUCCCCCGCAAAAAGGAAUGCUCCUGGCUGUCUUAAUUGGGAAUGGUGUGCAAAUAACGAUUAUGUCUUUGAUUACGUUGAUAUUUGCCUGUCUGGGUUUUCUCUCACCAGCUAGCCGUGGUGCACUAAUGACUUGUGCUAUUGUGUGUUAUGUCCUUUUGGGUACGCCAGCUGGUUAUACGUCAGCAAGAUUAUACAAAAUGUUUGGUGGUGAAAGAUGGAAGAAAAAUAUUUUGAUGACUGCUUUAUCUUGUCCUGGAGUUAUAUUUGGCGUGUUUUUUAUUCUUAACAUCGUACUCUGGGCAAACGGAAGUUCAGCGGCCAUUCCAUUUUCAACAUUUAUAGCCUUAUUAGCAUUAUGGUUCUGCGUAUCAACACCAUUAGUAUUUGUUGGAGCUUAUCUUGGUUUUAAACGACCGGCACCGGAAAAUCCUGUCCGAACUAAUCAAAUUCCGCGUCAAGUACCAGAACAAACUCUGUACACCAAACCAUUACCCGGCAUAUUAAUGGGAGGAAUAUUGCCAUUCGGAUGCACAAUUGGAUUUCUUGCCUGCUUCUGGUUUGUCAGAACAAUUUACAACGUUGUUAGAGUGGAUUAAAGAAUUUCUCAUAAACAUUUUUGUACAUGUCUGUUUUUUUCUUUAAAUUAUGUUUGUUCGUCUUUUGUUUCUCAUUACUUAUUGUGUAGAACUCUACCUAAUUAUUCUGGGCGCUGACUUAACAAUGUAGAUAAUAAUCAAUGCAAUUUCAAUCAGAACAAACUGUUGUCAUCGUCAUCCUUUACGAUAUUUGUUCAGCUCAAGGGAAAUUGAAUAGCGGUCUUAAUAAAAUAAAAAUUAGGACGAUAAAUUGCAAUGAUGAUCGAAUAGAAGAGGGGUACGCACACAUGGUGAACUGUUUAAAUGCAUGUGUAUGUAAUCCAGUUUUAUUCCCUCUUGGUCAAGAUACGGUGUGUAUUCUGAAAAUUUAUUGCAUCUGCUAUUGAUUGAUGUACUUCAAAAGGCGUUACUUGAAAGCUGCACGUUUGCACCGGGAUGUAGCGGAUUCAACGAAUAUCCCUACAACGGCUCUCGUCGGGAUGAAAUACUUUUUGGAAAUAGAAUCUUUCAUCUUUUGAGCUCGGAUUUGAGAAUUUUAGCCAGUAAAUUUGAAUUUCCCACACCAAAGUUUGAAGUGCAUCAAUGUCAGUAUAGCAGAUGCACUGGCCGUUCAUACCACACAUCAAUAAGUUCCUUUCAAUCUGAAAAUUCAUUGACAAUGGUCUUGUCAACUCAAACUUUAUUCUGAAAAAAUCGUAGUGUGGACAGGUUAAGAUAAGCUAGGAGCAAACGCUGGGAACAUACUUGUUGAGAUAUGGAAAACUGUAGUUAGGAGGAUAUUUUAACAUUUUUUUUAUUAACAAAGUAAUUAACUUAAUAACAAAUUAUUAAAGUUUUUAACAUUUAUUUUUGAACUUGACACUUUUUGGUGUGUUUUUUUAUG